AUGACAACAUAUGAUACACAAGGGUCUCUGAGACCUCUUCCACCCCUCCCUCCCUCCCUCAUCUCCUCCUCCCCCUCUACCUUCCACACCUCUUCCCCCUCCCCUCCCUCCCUCCCUCACCUUCUCCUCCACCCCUCCCUCCCUCACCUUCUCCUCCACCCCUCCCUCCCUCACCUUCUCCUCCCCCUCUCCUCCCCUCCCCCCUCCCCCUCCCCUCCCCUCCUCCUCCACCCCUCCCUCCCUCACCUCCCUCCACCCUCCCCCUCACCUCUCCUCCUCCUCCCUCCCUCCUCCUCACCUCACCCUCCCCUCUCCUCCACCCCUCCCUCCCUCACCUUCUCCUCACCUCCUCCCUCACCUUCUCCCCCCUCUGCGUCCCUCCCCUCCUCCUCCACCCCUCCCUCCCUCACCCUCCCCUCCUCCUCCACCCCUCCCUCCCUGGGCUUCUGCUUCUGA